UGCAAUACAAAAACAUGUGUUUCUUAUCAAUCAAUUCAAAAUUACUCUUAUCCUCGAACAGAUCCUGCGAUUAUCAUAGCUGUCGGCUCAACAGAUGGACAAAGAUUACUUCUUGGCCGACAAAAAAAAUGGGCAUCAAAAGUUUAUUCAUGCAUAGCGGGGUUUAUGGAGCCUGGUGAAUCAAUUGAUGAAGCCUGUAAAAGAGAGGUGUUUGAAGAAACCAACGUAUUGCUAAGAGAUGUGCGUUUUCACUCUUCUCAGCCGUGGCCUUUUCCGUCUCAGUUGAUGCUUGGGUGCAUUGGAGUCGCAUCUAAAGAAAAUAUUAUUAUUCACGAUGGAGAGCUUGAAGGCACGUUGUGUUGA